UCUCUCUCUCUAUCUCUCUAUCUCUCUAUCUCCCUAUCCAAAAAGAGAAAGAAUCAGUCGCCGGAAAAUGCUGACGUGUAUAGCUCGUUCUAAGCGAGCAGGAGAUGAAUCCACGGGUCCACCCGACGAUCCGGAUUCCAAGCACGCCAAAUCUCUAACAUCUCAGCUCAAGGACAUGGCUCUGAAAGCUUCAGGCGCUUACCGGCAUUGCACGCCGUGCACGGCGUCUCAGCCUCAGGGGCAACCGAUCAAGAACAAUCCGGCGACGGCGGCAAAGUCGGAUACCGAAUCCGAUCAACGGCUCAAGAUGCUGUACGGAAGAUCAAACAGCUCCAUCAACGCCACGGCGGCGGCGGCGGCGGCGAUGCAGCAGCAGCAGCCGAGGGUAUGGGGAAAAGAGAUGGAGGCGAGGCUAAAAGGGAUAUCGAGCGGCGAAGCGACUCCGAAAUCGGCGAGCGGGAGGAACCGGGUUGACCCGAUUGUGUUCGUGGAGGAGAAAGAGCCUAAAGAAUGGGUCGCUCAAGUGGAGCCAGGUGUUCUCAUCACGUUCGUGUCUCUUCCCGGCGGUGGUAAUGAUCUCAAGCGUAUACGUUUCAGCCGAGACAUGUUCAACAAGUUACAAGCUCAACGAUGGUGGGCAGAUAACUAUGACAAAGUAAAGGAACUUUACAACGUUCAAAAACUAAGCCGCAACGCUUUCCCUCUUCCCACGCCUCCUAGAUCCGAAGACGAGAAGGCAAAAGUGGAGUACCACCAUCCAGAGGACACUCCUGCAACACCUCCUUUGAACAAAGAACGGUUGCCUCGUACCGUACACCGUCCAGUUGGAUUAGCGGCUUACUCAUCCUCGGACUCACUCGACCACAGUUCCACGCAAAGCCAGCAGUUUCACGACUCUGGUCUACAAAACUCAACUCCUAAACUGUCAAGCAUAAGCGGGGCCAAAACAGAAACUUCUUCCAUGGAUAGCUCGUCGAGAGAUGCAGACCGGUCAGAGGAAAUGUCGGUGAGCAAUGCGAGCGAUGUUGAUCCGAACGAAUGGGUGGAGCAGGAUGAGCCUGGCGUUUAUAUCACUAUUAAAGUUUUACCAAAUGGGAAAAGAGAGCUUAGAAGAGUCAGAUUCAGCCGAGAGAUAUUCGGAGAGAUGCAAGCGAGGGUAUGGUGGGAAGAGAACAGGGCAAGGAUACAUGAACAUUACUUGUGAUUAUCGUCUUGAAAAUUCGGUUUUGGUUCAUCAAAACGGUUUUGUAUUUCUUAUUACUCGUUCUCGGUAUACCGUUUUAAAUCUAUUCCAAGCAAGUCUUCUCUUUCUUUCAAAGAGAUAUUCC